UGGGGGAUGGAGGCCAGUAUCUCACCUAAAGAUUUUGUAAACGAGAGGAUAAUGUCCACCAUACAAGAAGGCCACACACUAGACCAAGUAAUCUCUUUAAGGAAAUAUGAGUGCGAACAUCUGCCUUUCAAAUCGGAAAAUAUCACCGGCACGAUGUGUCCUCGAGAGUUUGAUGGCUGGACAUGUGUUAAUGCUACUCCUGCAGGCUCCGUCGCGUACUUCCCUUGUCCUUUUUUCAUCCUUGGGUUUGACCCUAAAAGGUACGGUCAGCGGGUCUGUAUGGAGGACGGCUCAUGGUUCACUCACCCAGAGAGCAACAAAACCUGGUCAAACUACACAACCUGUGUCGAUAUGGAAGAUCUGCAACUACGAACGCAGGUCAAUUUAAUUUACAAGACGGGAUAUACAGUGUCCUUGGCAGCGCUCAUCAUUUCGAUCGUCAUAUUCUUUUACUUCAAAUCGUUGACUUGUACGAGGAUACAGAUUCACAAGAACCUGUUCAUAUCCCUCGCUCUCAACAACUGUUUGUGGCUGGUUUGGUACGAAGCUGUUGUGGAUAAUCUACCUGUCCUAAUGGAGAACAGGCUAGAAUGUCAGAUUCUUCACAUCCUAGUGCAGUACUUCCUAGUAGCUACGUAUUUCUGGAUGUUCUGCGAGGGACUGUACCUCCACACGCUGCUGGUUGUCACCUUCGUCACAGAGACCAAGGUGAUGCCCUUCCUCUACCCCAUCGGGUGGGGGGUUCCUGCCCUGCUAGUAGCGCUAUACGCUGUGCUCCGGUCCUCCAGGAGGGAGGAGAAACUGCAUUGUUGGAUCCACGAGUCGCUCUAUUCUUGGACGUUGUCUGGACCUGUGUGUGUCUCGAUGUUGGCCAACCUGGUGUUCCUGAUCAACAUUGUCAGACUGUUGCUCACCAAACUACACACUGGUCUCAACAGUCCCAAACACUCGCAGUCGUUCAGGGAGUCACUAAAACACGCCUCCUUCAGGUCUAGAAGAAAAGCCUCGUCCACCAGUCAGACGGCGGCUCACCCCACGGGCAGGACCAAGAAGGCAGUCCGAGCUACCCUCAUCCUCAUCCCCCUGCUGGGUCUGCAGUACAUCGUCAUGCCCUUCCGUCCAGAACAAGGGGACUCGUGGGAGGCCGUCUACCAGAUCGCCUCUGCGGUCAUAGCGUCGUGUCAGGGAUUGUGUGUGGCUUUGCUCUUCUGCUUUUGUAACGGAGAGGUUAUAACUGCAGUAACCAAAAGAUGGAAGCAAUGCCGCAUAAAGAAGCGGACAUGUCACUCUUGUACUGGAAUCACAUCGGUCUCGUUCAGCCGUUCGUCUUUCGCCCAGGAGAUGGUGCCAACGGCGGAGCCGUACAACGAGAGUCAUCAGAUGAACAACUUCCACAACGUAGCACUCUGAGAUCCGGUCAGGUUCAUACUGGGCCAGCCCCUCGUCACAUCAGGUCCAUGUACAAGACUGUAGACAGACAUCAGAUGAACAACUUCCACAACGUAGUCCUCUGAGAUCCGGUCAGGUUCAUACUGGGCCAGCCCCUCGUCACAUCAGGUCCAUGUACAAGACUGUAGACAGACAUCAGAUGAACAACUUCCACAACGUAGCACUCUGAGAUCCGGUCAGGUUCAUACUGGGCCAGCCCCUCGUCAUAUCAGGUCCAUGUACAAGACUGUAGACAGACAUCAGAUGAACAACUUCCACAACGUAGCACUCUGAGAUCCGGUCAGGUUCAUACUGGGCCAGCCCCUCGUCAUAUCAGGUCCAUGUACAAGACUGUAGACUAACGUCAGAUGAACAACUUCCACAACGUAGCACUCUGAGAUCCGGUCAGGUUCAUACUGGGCCAGCCCCUCGUCAUAUCAGGUCCAUGUACAAGACUGUAGACUAACGUCAGAUGAACAACUUCCACAACGUAGCACUCUGAGAUCCGGUCAGGUUCAUACUGGGCCAGCCCCUCGUCACAUCAGGUCCAUGUACAAGACUGUAGACUAACGUCAGAUGAACAACUUCCACAACGUAGCACUCUGAGAUCCGGUCAGGUUCAUACUGGGCCAGCCCCUCGUCAUAUCCGGUCCAUGUACAAGACUGUAGACUAACGUCAGAUGAACAACUUCCACAACGUAGCACUCUGAGAUCCGGUCAGGUUCAUACUGGGCCAGCCCCUCGUCAUAUCAGGUCCAUGUACAAGACUGUAGACUAACGUCAGAUGAACAACUUCCACAACGUAGCACUCUGAGAUCCGGUCAGGUUCAUACUGGGCCAGCCCCUCGUCACAUCAGGUCCAUGUACAAGACUGUAGACUAACGUCAG